GAUAGAAUCAGUGGGCGGGUCUGUUGUCACCACGGAAACCCUCUUGGCUGGACUGAUAACCAUGUCUGCCUUGGAAAAGAAUCUCCAUCUGGGAAAGUUACCUCCACGGCCAGUCAUGCCUGGGGGCCUGCAGUCAGGAUCCAAAAUGAGAAUGGGACCAGGUAGAAAACGAGACUUCUCUCCGAUUCCCUGGAGCCAGUAUUUUGAAUCCAUGGAAAAUAUUGUGGUUGAAAGUGAAACAGGCAAAGAGAGUUUUCGCAUUUACAGGAGUGGGUCCGAGGGACCGGUCUUACUGCUUUUACAUGGUGGGGGUCAUUCUGCUCUAUCCUGGGCUGUGUUUACAAAUGAGAUAAGCAGCAGAAUUCAGUGCAGAGUUGUUGCUGUGGAUCAGCGAGGUCAUGGUGAAACUAAAGUGGGGAAUGCCGAAGACUUGUCUGCAGAAAUCAUGGCCAGGGACAUUGGGAAUGUGGUGGAAGCCUUGUAUGGAGACCUGCCUCCUCCCAUCAUGCUGAUCGGGCACAGUAUGGGUGGUGCUAUUGCUGUGCACACAGCAGCUGCCAACCUUGUGCCAAGCUUAUUAGGUCUUUGCAUGAUUGAUGUAGUUGAAGGCACUGCUAUGGACGCACUCAACAGUAUGCAGAACUUCCUGCGCAGCCGUCCGAAAACCUUUAAAUCUCUGGAAAACGCCAUAGAAUGGAGUGUCAAAAGUGGCCAGAUACGAAAUGUAGAAUCUGCCAGAGUUUCCAUGGGAGGACAGAUAAAGCAAUGUGAGGAUGCGACUAGCCCUGAAAGCUCUAAAGCUGUAGUAGAAGGGAUAAUAGAGGAGGAGGAAGAGGAUGAAGACGAUGAAGGACAGUCUAUCAACAAGAGGAAGAAGGAAGAUGACACUGAUACAAAGAAAGAACGACCGUACACAUGGAGGAUCGAGCUGUCUAAAACCGAAAAAUACUGGGAUGGCUGGUUCAGGGGUCUCUCCAACCUUUUUCUCAGCUGUCAGAUUCCAAAACAGCUGCUCCUCGCAGGAGUUGACAGAUUGGAUAAAGAUCUCACAAUAGGACAGAUGCAAGGAAAGUUUCAGAUGCAGGUCCUUCCACAGUGUGGCCAUGCUGUGCAUGAAGAUGCACCAGAUAAGGUUGCUGAAGCGGUUGCAACUUUUUUGGUCCGUCACCGGUUUGCAGUACCAGUGGGAGGUUUUCAAUGUGUCUUUCCUGGUUGUUAGUUCGCUGGAGUGUGGAGAACAUAUUAAAAUAACAAGAGGCCGCUGUGAUGUUCUCAGUGUUCGCCAUCAACCCUGGUCCAACCAAGGAGCUGGAUUCUGCCAGUACCUGCAAAACAACUGCACAACAAAGUGUACAUGUUUGUUUAUUUUCAUUAAUAUACCGCUGUCUGUGUGAGGACGACACAUCUUCCGGCCAUCUCCAAGAAUGUGCCUUUCCGAGGCCUUUCAUGCAGUGUAAAUCUGAUCCGUUCUCAUGCAGAAAUAACUGACUGUCGGGAGGAUGGUCUACAAAUGCAUCCGACAGCAAAAAGGUUGAAUAAAAUCUUGCAUAGCCAUAUUGCAACCUCUAAACCUUGUUCUCUAGAUCCUGUUGUUCUACUUCCUGCAAAUGCUUAUGUUGGUUUGGGCAGACGAAUGACAAACUGUCACUAAAGGUGUCACCUUGAUGAUGGAGCAGGAGGGAGGUUAACCGUGCAUUGUAAUAUUAAAUAAGGGAUAUUACUAAAACCAGUGAAUUGCAAGCUCCUUUCACAGCAAGCAAAAAAUUUGUUGCACAUGUAGAAGGAAGAUGUAAUAAUUUGCCUAAAAAAAUAAAAAUUUUAUUUAUAGUACUGGA